UAAUCCCACCACCACCGCUUUUUCACCCCGCACUCAACAAGAGCCGACGCCGCCACCGCCGCCACCACCCACCGCCGCCGCAUCAAUUCGACCUCCACUCUCACUCCAGAGAGAGAUAUACGACAAAUAACCCAAACCAAACACGACGCCACCACCCGUUUGCCCCGAGUAAAUGAAGUGCAAGAAACACCUCGGUGACCUCAGCAGCGGCGCCGGCGUCUGCGCCUCCUGCCUCCGCGAACGCCUCUUCGCCCUCAUGGCCGCCCAAGCUCAGGCCCAGGCUCAGGGCCGGUCCUGCGCUGCCGCGGAGGACCGCCGUAAAUCCGACGCCCAACCUCAACCUCAACCUCAACCUCAACCUCCUCCCCUUUCGUUCCCUAGCUCCGUGUCUCCCUACGUUUCUCGCCGGAAGUCCGAUCACCACCAUCACCAUCGAAUCCACAGUACGCCUCAGGUCGCCCCUACGUACAGCGCCACCUCGGAGGCCGGCGGCGGAGGAGGAUUCUCCUCCCAGAGGUCUUACAAGAAGAAGAGCCGGAAAUUCUCCCUUCUCGCCCACCUGUUCAGAUCCAGAUCCGAGAAGUUCGAUUCCGGUCCGAAUGAGGACUCUUCCGAUUCGGAUCCCAGGGCUUCUCGGGCGUCUCCUUCGCCUUCGUGGUCGUCGUUCCUCCCUGGCCGACGGAGAGCGCAGUCGAGGCUGUCCUCCCUCGGAGAUUCCGCCGUCGCGGGCGGCCGAUGCGGGAAGCCCUCUCGGAUCCCGGCUCGCGGGAUGUCGCCCGCGCGAGGGGAUGAUUCCGACGAGAACCCCGGCUGCGAUCGGUCGCCGCCGGGGAACGUAUGCUCGUCGGACUCGUCGCCGCGGUUUCGGAAGACGCCGGUGGCCGCUGCCGCCGCCGCCGCCGCCGCUCCCAAGACUCCGACCCGACCGAGGCCGAGCCACGCGAGGAACGUGUCGGGGUUCGCCUUCUGCCUGAGCCCGCUGGUGAGGGCGAGCCCCAACCGGGACUGGAAGCACAAGGGCUGCGUGCCGCCGGAGGCCGGGUACUCGGGCGACGUCAGGGCGUCGGCGAAGCCGCACCUCGCCACGGCGACGUCGUUCGGCAAGAACCGGUCGCGCAAGCUCACGGAUUUCGGGAGAGCGCACCACAACCGUUGAUUUGGACGCGACCGUUGACGUUGACUCAGGUGAUGGUCGUGAUCUGGGUUCCUCCGCAAGGGACGCGUUAUAGCUCGCGUUGAUUUUUCAUGGUUUUUUUUUUUUUUAUUGUCCAUAUUAAUAAACAAAUUACAGUCCGAUACACACAAUAAUUUUUUUUUUCAGUGUACAAAAUUAAAUUGGCGAUUAUGACAAGUGAUUGGAAUUACGUGUUUGCCCUUA